AACCUGUGGUUACAAAACCCCAUUGAGUGAAACGAGUGUUUGGUUUCGUUUACUUCUGAGAUUUGUGUGACUGCUUUGUUUCAUAGUCUUAGGAUAAUUAACUUGUAUUAGCAGCCAAGAUGUCUUCAGUAUGUUGUGGUACAAAAAAACAGAAACUAAACAACUCUUACAGUAACAAUAUAGAUCGACCUUUGAAUGGUUACCAAGAGUCUGUGGCUAUUCCUGAUAUGUGUUACUUUUGUUUCGAUGUUUUGUAUUGUCAGCUGCACAGUAUGGACCCUCCUCAGACGCCAAACUUUACUAACGAUGCCUAUCCUUUAUUUGUGACCUGGAAGAUUGGUAAGGAGCACCGCCUGCGAGGGUGCAUCGGCACAUUCAAUGCAAUGCAUUUACACUCAGGCCUUCGCGAAUACGCGAUAACGAGCGCGCUGAAGGACUCCCGUUUCGCGCCAAUUACUCGUGAGGAGGUGCCUCGGCUCACCGUCUCCGUCUCCAUCCUGCAGCACUUCGAGGAAGCUGAACAUUACCUGGACUGGAAGCUGGGCAAGCACGGCAUCCGCAUCGAGUUCAUCAGUGAACGAGGCUCCAAGCGCACCGCUACUUACUUACCUCAAGUUGCUACUGAGCAAGGUUGGGACCAAAUUCAGACCAUAGACUCUCUGCUGAGAAAGGGCGGGUACAAGGCCGCCAUUACCGGCGAGAUGAGACGGAGCAUCAAGCUCACUCGCUACCAGUCCGAGGAGAUCUCCGCGUCCUACAACGAAUACAUCAGCCAGCGCUGCUAGCAAAUAGUAAACGAACCCGCUCACGGGUCCCAACUUAAUAAAAACACGAGACUUGUGUAUCAAACUAUACCAUACACACAUAAUAAUAAGCAAAUAUAUCGGAGUUGGAGCGGGCACAGUGGUUACAAAUAUUGUGUUAGUAAUAAUGUAGCUUGUAAGUGUACGUCUAGUGUCCAGAAUCAGUUAGCGAGGAGGCAAUGUGACGUGGAGGCUCCUGCGACCGCGGCCGGUCAGGAUUAUGCUCAAAGUGAAUUGGCGAGCGAGCCCAGCGAACGGUCCUGUUUGAUUCAAAUCAUUUAACGUUAAGAUACAUCACUGCCAACGACAUUCCUCUGAGGAGAACAUCAAGUGCCAUCUAAUCAGUAAAGCUUAUGAAUUAUAUUAAUAUCGACUUGAUCACGAGUAUACUAUUCAUUCAUAGUGUUACACAUUUGUAUACUUAUUUGCAACAAAUAAAAAUAGAGCUAAUUUAAAAUUAAGAUUUUACUUUUUCGUUUCGUAUCGGCAAUACACUUUGAUCAAAUUUUGACUAAGCACUCUUUUUAUUUUGGUUAUUUCGUUGUUGUAGGAAUAUGUUACCGUGGGUCUAAAAACUAAAAAAAAACAUUGGUUAGUGAAUAAUUUGUAAUUUGACUCAUGGUUGGCUAGUUAAGGGUUGCCCAUGCUUCCAUACUUGAUGAAUCUUGUAUUACUGACUGAAUCUUAAUAUUUAGUGGUAUGGUUACAAUUUCACAUGUUGAUAAAGUCGUUAAGACCAAUUUCCGACAACGUCACCAGUUAAUAUGCUGUCUACAGCAAUGAUAUUACGAUAUCAAACUAUUUCAUUAGGUUGUUGACCCAGGGGUCCUGUCUAGGCUGAAUUCUCAAGUCAAGUGUGUCUUCUAAGUAUUUACCAGAUUCUCGGGAAUUACAAAUGCGAUUAUACGAUAUAAGAUCCGCAUUAUUAGAUUGUGCACUCGUGCGAAUGCGAAGCCUAGUCGAGUAGCUCGAUGCAUUAUAAUACUCUACACGAGUCUGCGAUUACAUAAAUUGUAAAAGUAUUGUCUGUUCACAAGGCUACUUGUCGCAUGACUUGUGUUCGUUAACCUUACCCUACUUUCUAUUACAAAUGAAUCACAGUGUAUUCAAAGGGGUCAUUUCACUCCUAGGCAGUAAAAACAAUCAAAGCAGGCCAUUUUGCACUUAAUUGAACUUUGAUUUGCCAAGUUUUAUCGACACUUCAACGUCAAACUAUUGGAUCGAAAUAGUUGUUUUAUCGAUGUUACCAAAAGGCCUGUUAACAGCGCUACGAAUUGGACCUGAUAUGGAGGGCCCAAAAUGGGUUAAAAAACUCCGAUAUGGCUGUCCCUUUAACGAGUUGUUUGUCACUUUUGUUUGGGCCACAUCAACACUCUUAAAUCACUCCUUAUGUGAAAUUGUAACACAUACACAUCGAACAUGAUAUGUAAUCAGGAUCUCAAUGUAAUAUCUUACGACAAAUAAUUAGAUUUUUUAAUUUACCAAACAAAAGUACUUACAUGCGAAAUCGCGCUACGCUUGCGUAAGCACUCCCCUAUACCUAUCAUGUAAGAACUUUUUAUGUAGAUCGACUGUUCUCGAAAAAAAAAACAAAAUAUUUUAAAGAAAAAUUCUAAAAAAAAUAUAUAAGAAUUAAAGUGAACAAAAAAAGGUUUAAUAAAGUAAUUACUUUAAGAAUUCGUUUGUUGUAGAAUGUAAGUGUGUCUUACUUUUAUUAAUUUUGUAAUCAUGCAAAUUGUUAUGUGAUUCUAAGUUGUUGAAUCGAUAGAAUAUUGGUAUCAUGUUUGUUGAUGGGGCGUGGGGGAAUGGUGUUCAUUUCGUUAUCUUGGUAAUUAAUUAACAUUAUUUACGUUUAAUAUGGGCACGACAAGACAUUCUUAGGAUACUGCUCUGACAGUAUAGACAGAUUUGAACCCUAUGGAUUGUUGGUAUAAGUUCUGAUGUGGUGUACCCAAGUAAAAUAUACCAAGGUAACAAAUGACACGCGAAUUGUUGGAAAUGUAUCAUGAAUAAUGUAAAUAUAAACGAGUUGUUUACACGUCUCAAUAAUGUAAACCAUAAUGGUUUGAUGCAGAGAGAUCGAUGCGUUGUGGCAGUGUAAUGUUCUGAGAGAAAUGUAUCGCUUCUCUGCUUAUUCAUCGUAUGUACGGAUUCGAUGAGAAGAUGUGUUUAACUGCAUGGUACGACAAAUAAGUGACCGGAUCAUGACUUGCAAUUCAAUGUUUUGUUGUAGCAUUUAACAAUACUGCAUCAGAUUGUGUUAACAAUUGAUUCAUUAACAGAACCCAGAAGUUAUUACACGCGAUUAUAAUUGUUACAUGUACCUACAUGACAUCGCUGUGGCAAUGAGGUAUACAGAGUCCUUUACUUGUAUAUCUUUAUGAAUAUAACAUUUGUUGCAGUAUGGUCACUAACUAAAAAUAUAGCAAGAUGCAUACAAAACUGGUUUGUACAGGAUUAUCAUAAUCCCACUUGAGUGAGGUACGUCACCGUCCUACUAUUUCGGCGCCCACUCGCUAAGAUAAUAUUCUCAUUGUACAGUCGGUAACAGAAAGAUUUUCGCCUGUCGAACUAUGCACAGAUAGAUGAAUCUCGUCUCGUUUAAGAGCUGCUUGAGUAAGCAUUUAAGUUUACUUCUUUCUCGGCAAGUGUAAAUUUAUAACGUCACAAAUUAAAGAUUUGGUCAGCACAUCUUCUGAUUGUAGUCCGUACAAAAUUGUUAUCCUUUAUAGUGAACAGCUAGAAGUUAAUAUUAAUACCGUAGUUCACUGACUCGUGGCAGAUUAUUGUACGAUUGUUGUAAGAACGGCACUAACAUUAUGACGAACUAAGCACAUACAGGCUAAGUUAGUGGUGUUGCACUUUUUAUUAUAAGCUCGUUGAAACAUUCGGCGCUCUAAAGCUCCCCUUAAUGUUUAAACUGAUUUUCCUUAAAAGCUAAAUACGGGAGUGGGUAAAUAAUUUAGUAUCGUUUAAUUUUUUACACAGCUAUUUCAUUGUAUGUGCUUAGAAAAACUAAUAUGUACUUUCAGCAAUAUGAGUGACUUUAUAUAGAAAAUCAAUAUGUAUCAUAAUUUUAAGCAGAUAUAUUAUUAUUUUAUUAGAAUUAUACAUUAUGUUUUAUUUUGUAAACUCAAUUGUUUCAGACUUCUGGCUCCCUUCAGCCCUAUGAUUUAAUUGACUAACGCUUGCACCUCAAUUUCUUGGAAUAAAUACUCUUUAUUACUAUGUUGUUUUUGAGUGAAUAAUGUGUCCGUUUGCUAUGUUUUACAAUGUAUUAUUGUUUUACCUUGCAUUUACUCAACUUAUGACUGACGAGAGUUGAUCGAGUUACUUAUAAAUACGCGUGAUGGGAUGCUAUUCGAAAAGACUUUGAUAAUGAACACAUAGGACAGGAAUAGGACUUACGCCGUCAAAUUACUAGUGCUUUAAAUAUUCUGAAGCUAGCCAAAAGUCAUAUAAUCGUGUUGUAACUAUAGCAGCCACAAAUAGUGUCGAAAUGUAGCAUUAAGCAAACGGUUUUGUACGAAACUUGCGCCAUUUGGAACACAGCGAGUGAGCGAGAUAAGGCAAAAAAAUAUGAUUAUCUCACUGACUCUUUAGUUAGAAACACGGUAGGUUAGUGUGUAUGAAGCAUAUCCAUAAUCAAGUUUGUACAGUAAGGAAUAGUUUUAAUAACUAACUUACGCAUGUAUUCACUUAUGUUCUGAAUGGUUGGUACAGUCUCAAAGAACAGUUUUGCAUGUGUUCAUACAUAGAAAUUGUACUAUAUCUGGCAACAGUUGUGUGCAUAGUUUGUUGUCCGUUUUGUAUUUCUUAAACAUGAUUAAACUAAUAAUAUAGGUAACUUUGAAGAGA